GAGUUUAGACAGGAUCUUUGCGACAUACAAUGUGAUGCUGGAAGUGGCAGGGGCAGUAAUCUUUAUUUCGUCAUUUCUGAAACAUAGGAGAGGUAACGGAAGCAAGCGAAAUGCUCAAUCUUAGACGAUUGCGUCGUAUGACCGGACUUUUUCUUGAAAGGGGAUGACAACAUGGGAGGAAUUAGCUCCACAUCUAAACCCUACACUGAAAAACAAGGCCCUUUCUCCACAGCAGCCCCAACAACUAGCCCUGCACCGUGUCUCUCUAACCACCACAACAAAAACCAUUUAAUCCUUGCCUUUUUUGCUGGGGUUCUACUGACGCUGCUGCUGAUAGCCUUUAUCUUCCUCAUCAUAAAGAGCUACAGAAAAUAUCGGAGGGAGAGGUUUCCCAUUUCCCCAGGCCCAUUGCUGAGAUGGGUCCCUCUUCUUUCUGGCACCAUGGCAGGUCACUCCAAGCCCCGGGUCCCGGAUCCUCACUCAGAUCCUCCCGCCAAGCUUUCAUCCAUCCCAGGAGAAUCACUUACCUAUGCCAGCAUGACUUUCAAACUCUCAGAAGAUAAGAGCAAUCACUUGGCUGAGAACCGUUCUGCAGACUUUGACCCCAUUGUCUAUGCUCAAAUUAAAGUGACAAACUAACCUGGCUUUUCCAACGAGGCUUGAAUCCAUUUCCUCUCAUCUCGGCCCCAUCUUCACACAUCACUUUCCCUUUUUUACAAAUUUUGGAUCACCACCUGUGUGAAACUGCAGUCAGAGUUGUUUAGGUGUGAUCUGGCAAUGCUAUCCAGAAGCUUUGGAGACCAAUGGUCAGUCUUUUCCUGGCCAGAGCAAAGAUUGAAGGCCCUCCCACUUGAACUGACAGCCUGUGAGCCCCUUGGGGGCAUAGACUGCCUUCCUUGGACCCUUCCAAAGUGUGUGGUACGGAGGUCAGUGCACAGAAUAUUCACCCAGCAUCAUGAAUCAACUUGGGAGGAGUCAACCAAAUGAACAGUCUACCAAGAAUUUCAAAUAAAGUCAAACCCCCCACA